AUGGACAGCCAGAUUCCUUAUGCUGACUACCUAGUGGUUCUCCUGCCUGCCUAUGAGAAUCCCCCAGCAUAGUCACCUCACCAGAGAGUACACCACCGCUACAACAAUGAGCUGACCCAGUUUCUGCCCCGAAUCGUCACACUGAGGAAGCCUCCUGGAGUGGGGCUGGGAUUUAACAUCCGAGGAGGAGAGGCCUCACAGCCAGGCAUCUUCAUCUGCAAGGUGAUUCCUGACUCCGACGCACGUCAAGCAGGACUUCAGGAUGCCGACCGAGUACUAGCUAUGGAUAACGUGCAUUUGCAAGCUACUGAGCACAGCAAGGCUGUGGAGAUACUGAAGACAGCCCGUGAAAUCAGUGCCUGUGUCAUCGCCAAAAAGAGAGUACUGUGCACUACAGAGUUGCAUCCCACAGCCCUCCAUGAGGAACCUGGCAGGAUGAGCUGGCCAGGCCCAAAGGAAGUCACCUGA